AUGACUCAAAUAGUAGUUCUUGGUGCUGGAGUUGUUGGAUUAACAACAGCUAUUGAAUUAAAGAAAUGGAAUUCAAAUUUGAAUAUAACUAUAGUAGCACAACAUUUUCCAGGAGAUUUCGAUAAUCAAUAUUAUACUUCACCAUAUGCUGGAGCUAAUUGGCAAUCGUUUGCGUCCAACAAAGAUACAUAUUUACAAAAUUUGGAUAAACCAAGCUAUAAGAAAUUCUUACAAUUAGCCAAAAAUGACUCCGAGAGAUCAGGUAUAUGGACGCAAGAUAAUAUAUCUUAUUUUACAAAUUAUGAAAUAAGUGAAUCGAAGGGAAAUAUGUCAGAUUUUAUACCAUGGUAUAGAAAUUUUGUUGAUGAUUUCAAAAUUAUAGAUGAUGAUCAAUUAAAGUUUAAAGAUAUAGGAUUUGGGACAAGUUUUAAAGGAGUUGUAAUAUCUGUGCCUACUUAUUUACAAUAUUUAGUUCAACAAAAUAAGGAAUUGGGUAACAAAUUUCACAAACUAAAAAUUACCAAUAUAGAAGAAUUAAAAACCUUAAAUGGAGUUAAAACAGAUUUUGUAAUAAAUUGCAGUGGAUUAAAAGCAACUAAAAUAAAAGGAAUCACUGAUAAAAAAUUAACAUUCCCAAUUAAAGGUCAAACUUUAUUAGUUAAAAAUUCAGCAAAAUCAAUAAUUGGAGUUGAAGGAUUUCCAGGUACACCGCAAGAAAUGUUAUACAUAAUGCCGAGAAAAGAAGGUGGAUCAAUACUCGGAGGAUGUUUUAAACCUGGUGAUGAUUCAACAGAAGAAGAUAAAGAAUUAAGUUCAAGAAUAAUAAGAAGAGCCAUACAAUAUGCACCUGAGUUAAUUGAUCCAAAAUACAAGAAUAAUCCCUCAAAAAUUGAAGUAAUAAAAGUAAAUAUUGGGUUUAGACCUUUUAGAGAAGAUGGAGUAAGGAUAGAAAAAGAUCCUAAAUAUAACUGGUUAAUACAUAAUUAUGGAGCUGGUGGUGGUGGUUAUCAAGGAAGCUUUGGAUUUGCUCAAAAAGUUGUAGAUAUUGUGAAGAAGGAAGUUGAUAAGACCAAAUCUAAAUUAUAA